GAAUGUAACCGAGGAAAAGAACCUCCAGUAGUAUAUACCACCAUCAGCCGCCGCGUCAGAUGAUCAGCUUUAGAGUAGAAACCGUGUGAACCGACUGACAGGUCACCUCUCUGUCUCUCUGUUCAGCAUUACGACCCGGUGGAAGUUGUCCGUGAUGUCUGCUGGUCCGGUCUCUACACACUGAAGCCUCUCAACCCUCACCCUCUCUCAGCGCUGAGAAUGCUGAAAAUGAAGCUACCGAUGAAACCGGAGGACGGAGGCGACGGAGCGGCCGAGGACUGUUCAGUGGACUUGUCGGAGCAGCAACAUGUCCCCAGGGCGGGACCUCCUCCUGCGGUGUCCGGCGGACCGGACGAGCCGCCCAGAUCGUGUGUGUGUCCGUCCCAGCUGGAUAAGGAGACGGUGUUUGAGUGGUUCGGCCUCCAUCUAAACCCGGCUAAGCGGAUCGAGUUCAUGUGCGGGCUGCUACACAUGUGCCAGCCACUGGAGCUCCGCUUUCUGGGAUCUUACUUAGAGGAUCUGGCCAGGAAAGAUUACCAUGUUUUAAGAGACUUUGAGUUUCGGGCGAAUAGUCCGAGCGAUCUGGGAGUUUUAACGGACGUGAUUGAUCCGGUGGUUCGGUCCAAACUGCUGGUCUGCCUGUCCCUCCUCGGGUCCGACAGCAGGGAAUGUGCUGGAAUACUCUUUCGGAUCCUGAGCCAUGUGGAUCCGGCCUUGUUCUGCUCCCUUCCUCCCUUCAGGGACCCUAACCACCACUCCUUCCAUCCACCGGGUCAGGACGGCCGUGUGUCCGGCCGGGCGGAGCAGACCUGCGGCUUCUCCACUAGCGACAUAGCGGCAGGACCUCUGGAGCAGUUGGCGCUGCUCUUUGCCAUGGCCUCUCUCCACCCAGCUUUCCACUUCCACCAGCGGGAGAUGGUCCGAGGACAGCUCGACAAGAUAGAGCUCUCCAUAGAGGAGGAGGAGAGACGUCAAAGUCAGCUUAGAAUAACGGAGCUGACAGUUCAGAAGGCGGAUUACCGGCCUUCCCCAGCGCUGGGUUUGGGGGAAUGCACCUCCUCCCAUCCUCCCUGCCAGAGCCGCCGCUCCAGCCGCUGGGCAACACAAAGAGAAGGUGAUAAUAAUGAAUCUGCUUCAGCAGUACAUAUAGAGGCAAUUGUGCUCAGGGGCAUCUCUCGGAACAGAAUAGACAAGGAAUACAACUUUGAGGUGAAGUGGUCCGACUCUUCUUCUAGUAGUGUGACAAAAACCCAUCUGGAACUGGAGAAUUUCCUUCUGAAGCUUCCUAAGGAUCAGUGUACCCAAUCUUUUGAGAAGAGCAUCCUGAGGCUUCUGAACCAAGGGGACCGCAAUGAGAGCAGGGAGGUGGAGAAGAACCUCAGGGAAAGGUUCCUGUCUGCUCCUCCAGUCUUCCGACAGACCAGAAAGGUCUGCAGCUUCUUCAAUUGUGACUCCAGUUACUCUACAAAACCUACCAGCUGCAGAUGCAACUGCCAGCUGGGUAAGGCCUACCGAGACUGUUCUGAUGCCUCCAGUCAGGAGGAAGAUUUAGGGUCGUAUGCUCAGGGACACAAGAAAAAGCACGGGACCAAGAGUCCAUGUCAAAGUCUCUCUAGUGCCAGGGGCCCCCAGGGGGACAGUCGGAGGGGAGGCCACGCUGCAGAGCUCAAUGGUCCAGUAGAGAGGAGGAAGAGCUGUACACUGAGGAGCAGCCAGGAGUCUGAGCAGCACCAGGACUCUGAGAAGAGAAGCCACCCGGUCACUAAAACAAAGAGCAGAGGCCUCCCUACAGACAGGGACAAGGGGAAGGGGAAGGGUGCUGCCUUUGUAGCCAACGGUAGGUUGGUACCAGCUCUGUCGCCUCAGAGGAAAGAUGGAGGUUCUGGUCCAGAUACGUUUGGUGAAACAUCAUCAGAAAGCUACAGCUCCCCAUCCAGCCCUCAACACCGAGGACCAGAGAGCCUGGAUAGUGAGGACGACAACAACAAAGAUACAGACAGCCACUCUGAUGAGUCCAGCAAAGUUCCGGUACCUGACAUGUUCUUCGCUCACCUGACUGAUCCAGCUGUUGUGGGGGAUGUCUCCUCUGGCCACCGUCUGUCUUCCAACAACCACCAGGCCCAGACGGAGCCGCUCCGCCAAGAGACCAGCACAGAUUUCCCCCCUCUCACCUUCAUGCGUUCUCUGCCCUAUGUGCUCCCUAACGGCGCAGGUGACUCUCCACUUCCACUUCCAUUUCCACUGGUCCCUCCUCCCAGCCAAAGCAUCGUCCCCGAUGGGAAGCCCUUGUCUGGGACCCUGAUGAUGCAGAUGCCCCUUGUGCCUCCAGCUGUCCUGGGCCCUGGAAUCGUGGGAGACCCAGAGAAGAGGGACAUGCCCCCAACCUUUGGGAUUCCACCUAUUGGCCUCCACCCGUCAGGAAGUCCUGCUGUGCAGCCUCUGGUUCAGAGGUUCAAAACAGCUUUGUCUCACAGCCAAGGUGGCAGUGAUGGAGCUUCGGGAAGUGGUUCUAAUCCUGCUGCCCCGCAGGCUUCACACCAGGCUCCCGUAAGAGCCAUCGGUGUCAUGUCUCCUGGCACCUCAUCCUACCCCUCUCCUCUUCUGCAGUCUCUGCCCUGCCAAGACCCGGCCAGUGUCAGCUCAGGCCUGUCCUCCUGUCUGCCACAUGUGGAGACUUCACAUGCCAAGCACCCCGGCUUAACCUUACCAUCUGGCCUGCCUUCUCCCUACACGCUGCCCCCCGUCCCAACCUCUGUCAUGCCUGCUGUAGGAGCACUUGCAGCCACUGGAAUAGCUCCAUCUCCUGGACAUGUACAAGCAGCUGUUCCUCCAGCUGUGCCCACCCACACCCCUGGACCCGCCCCCAGCCCCAGCCCAGCGCUUACUCACAGCACGGCACACAGUGACUGUACGUCCUACAGCAACAGCAGUGCUUCCUGUGGAAGUGCCCCUGGUAACCCCGUUACUCUUCAGCAAACCCAGCAGCAUCAGUUGCUCCCCCAGCAGCCAACACCACAACAACAACAACAACAACAACAACAACAACAACAACAACAACCACAACAGCAGCAGCAGCAACCAAUGGGCUGCGGGACCUGUGGUUGUCAUAACAACUGCGGCAGCCGAGGCAGCGUCAGUAACAACAACAGUGUCAGCGCUGCCCCCGGCUGCCAAGCACCCUUAUUCUUUUCCCACCAGAUGGCAGCAGCGCGGCAGGUGUUCAGCGUUCCGCCGCCUCUCUUCCAGCUCACGAGCCUGUGCAGCAACAGUUACCUCACCCAGGCCCAGCCUCCCCACCAGGCCAACGGGGCCGCCACCCUGGCCCCCUUCUUCCCCACCGCUCCGCCUCCCGCACACCCGUCCCCCUACGGCCCCCUCCACACUCACUCCCACAGCCACGCAGACGUGCCAUCACACAUGCUGGGCACCCAGGCUGCGGCAGUGGCAGCCGCCGCGGCCGCAAACUACAACCUCCAGCAGCAGAUGGCGCCGGCGGCGUCGUUCUGCCAGCGCGUCUACCAGCAUGUGUACCCAAAUCCCCUGGGGAUGCUGCCUGCUGCUGCACUGGGGGGAGGCGGAGUCAAUAAGAAGAGCGGCAAUGUGUCCUGUUAUAACUGUGGUGUGAGUGGCCACUACGCUCAGGACUGCAACCAACCCUCCAUAGACUCCACACAGCAAGGUGGCUUCCGGUUAAAGUACGCAGCCUCCCACAUUUCAGAAGCACUUGACAAUGCCGACUGAAGAAGAAGAAGAAGAAGAAAGGAGGAAGAGGAGUUCCUCCGGUCUCGUUUCUACAGUGACGGACAUUUGUUCUUCCCUGGGCGCUGCGUGUGAGCAGUGCGCUGAAGCUUCUGUGUACUUCAGGAAAAACAUUCUGAAAAAGAAAGCAACCUGCCAAGGGCUCAGCGGACAAAGCCUAAGUACUUGUGCCUGAGAGAAUCUUGUUCCCAUGGAGAUGACUCACUGUCUCGUGCACACUAACAGUGUGACUCCCGGUCCCUUCCCUUUUAGUUUGUCUUUGAUAUUUUUGCACUGAGGGUUGGAAACGAUUAACUUAUUACUUAAUUAUUAGGAAGAGAUUUUGAUUUUACAUUAAAGCAGAGAAUAGUCUCGGCUGAAAAAAAGUUCUUACACACUUAUUUCUAAAACAGCGUAUUUAUGCUUUUUCCUCCUUAUUACUGUUCACCUAGGAUUUUAUCUGCGGACAGAUUGUACAGCAGUUUUCAAAAAUCGGAUCAAAAGAGUUUUUCAAUUUUGCUGUCAGGUUUUUGAAUGUACACCUUCUCGUUUAAGGAAUCUGAGCGUAUCAAAGUAUAUGGAUCUCGUGCAUUUUUGCCACUUGAUAUAUAUGUUGUUGUUGGAAGGUAAUUGCUGCUUUGUAAUGUUCUGUUUUUGUUUUUCAUAUUUUUAAAUACUCGGUGAAAUGCACUACAGCGAAGCAGGAAGUGCACUAAAACAGUCCGCAUCACAACCAAGCAGAUGUAAGGAUCUAUUUAUUUUCACUCUCCAAAUUAACGUGAAAUAGCAAAACUAAUACAACAGGUUUAGUGUCGUUUUCAGGUGUGAAACAGCUUUUUAUGGCUAACAUUUUGGAGAGGGUGACAUCUCAGUGUUGUAAAUCUACACUACAGAUAGGAAUACAACAAAAGAGAAAAUCAUUCUACCCCCAUCCCAGUUGCAUAAAAACCAGACCCCGGAUCAAUCCCAGUGUCCACACUCACAGACUUUGAGGCGCAAUCCCACAAAGUCCGUGAGGGUUUAGGGCUGUCCCAUUGUCAAAUCAUCAAGUCCUUGAGGGCUCUCUCACAGACAUUUUGAGCCCUUUACAAACACUUUCUGUAAGUCCGUAUUCUGCAGACUUUGCCUGAGAGAAUUACCCACAAUUCAUAGCGUUGUGACGUUAAAACCGGGAGGCAUAAAAAAAAACCUUGAUAAACAAGGAGGACGGCACAUAGGUGUUCAGCCUGGCAUAUUUAAAUAUACACAGAAACAUUGACAUUACGGAUUUAAGAUUGUACUUAAAAAUAUGAAAUCAGAGACCUGGUUUAUUCAUCAACCAUUUCUUUUCAUUUUGCUUAAUGAAGUUUGACAAAAACAAAUAGAUUUUUUGACAAUUACGUCUCCUCUCAUAAGGCAGGGCCUGGAAGACGUUCAAAUAGAUAGUAAGAAACUUAAAAUAAAAACCCACGAUUGGCAUCGUCAAGGUAACGGGAUUCGUUGCUGCAAAAUGCCGUCCUAUACACCAUUUCAAGCCCCUUGCAGUCACACUCAGCCAUUUACCAGGUGACGUCAGAGGGUUCAGGGUUUAAGGCCCUAAGGGGGACAUUGGGAUCGGGCAAGAUAUGUGGACUACCUGUCCUGCUGUGGUCUCCAGAGAGGAUUUAGACGGUAAAGCUUAGUGUUUGUUGCUUUCGUCAGUGCUCAAGGCACAAUUCUGCAGAGGGCGUCUAAACUAUUCUGUGGAUUCAUUUGUCAAAGAAAGACAUGUCUAUAGGAAAAUAAACACUACUUUCCUACCCUGUUGGUAUAUACGUGCAGAUUAUCACAGUCUAUUGAAGCUAAAACACUGAGCAGGGCAAUAACAGACUUUUUCUUUACCUGUUAAUUGAAUCAAUCUGAAAUAUCGGUUAUUUUUUUUCACAAAAUUGAUAACUGACCUACGAUGUCUGACAAACCUGAUUAUUGACAUUUGACUACACCUUCUGAACUGAGAUCCCUCUAUGUGGAUACAAACUCUUUAACGCUCUUUGAGGGUUUUCAAAAAGUAUUUUGGGAAACAUUUGAAAUAAUGAUUGGAGGCAGUGUGUGAGAAUAUGGAGCCCCAAAGUGUACAGUAUUAAAUAAAUAAAUAAUAACAAAUGAAA